UAUCAUCCAAACAGCCACAUUCAGAGAAGGGAGGAAAAUCUCUCUGUGUCUCUCUCUCUCUCUCUCAAUAUAUAUAUACACAUAUAUCUGUUAACGCCAUUGUUUCGCUCGUUUGUCGUUCUUGGAACCCUAAGAUCCACGAGUCGACUGCCCCGCAUUGGCGUUUCAGAUUCGCUCAUCUUGCUCUCGAUCUGUUUAUUAUUGCAUCCUUUGGAUCUCGAAUCUCCAGCUUCAUUUCUGGAAGAUCACUAGUGUUGUCGUGGUGUGAUCGUGAUCGGGGGAUCCCGCGGGAUUUGAGAUUAGUCUGUAACAAUGACAGCGGAUGUGGAUGCGCAUGGUGUUGGUGAGGUCUCUGAGGUUCCAAACGGUGACGUGGAGGAGAAGUGUAGCUUGCAGGAUCUGCACAGAGAGAACAACGGGGUUAUGAUUAUUAAUGGGAGCAAUGCGAAUAAGGAAGAUGCCGACAGCUCUUACGUUUUCGUGGGCGUAAGCGACGCCGUUUCUGGCGAUCACGUUGAGCCGUUGGAUCUCAAUGGGGGGCACGUCGAGAAUCUUGGUUCCGGUGGGGUUGUCAAAUUGGACGUGGUUGAGAAUGGGGAAUGUAAUCAGAACAAGGGCGGUGGUGGCGGCGGUUCAGAGGAUUCGCAAUGCGAAAUCGUGGAGGGGCAAUUGGGAGGGAGCGAUGGUCUUGAGGAGGAGAAUGGGACUGAGGAUGUUGGGGAAUCUGAGGCACAUCCGCAGCCGCAGCCUCAGCGGCUCGAGGUUGAAGAGAAAAUCAAGGUCGAGGAGUCUUCUGAGGAUGUUGGAGAGACUACGAGAUCACAUCCUGUGGUUUCGGGUGUUUCUGCGUCUGAAUUAUGCGAGUCGUCGAUGCAGGUCCAUGAUGGCAAAACUGAAGUUAAUAAUUUCGACUCAACUGCUGUGUCUGAGCUGCAAGAGAUUGAUGGAGAAGACGCUAAAGUUGAUGAGGAUAAGAAUCCAGAUUUGUCAACAGACGGCAAGGAAAACUACGAAUCUCGGGAUAUGGUUACUGUGGGUGUUCGAAACUAUUUGGAUCGGGAGAAGGAAGCACCAGAAUUGGAGACCAAUGAGAUUCCUCCGGAAGGUGGUGCACCUGGGGCCCUUGCGGUAGACUUGGAGCAGAAUGCGAAAACUGCUCCUUUUCCUGUCACUGAUACGGAGUUAGUAAAUGAAGUUGGCAAUAAUGGUCCUGUCUGUGAUGAAAAUGGGGAUGGCUUGCCUAUCAACCACACUGAAGAAGGCCCCUCAGAAACCUUCGAUCCCAUACAAAAAACGGCUGAACAAAAUGGGUCAGCUGAAAAUGCCGAAAGCUUGCCCUUGCCCUCCCCCCCAAUUGUUUGUGAGAAUGCAGCUGCUAAGGACAUUCCCAUGGAAGCGAACUCGGGCGAAUGUGAGUUGGGCUUGGAGCAGAGUUCAAAAAUAGAAGUUGUCUCUAGUGAAAAUGAGGAUUGCUUGCCCAGUGAUCAUGAUCAAGAUAGCAUUUCAGAUAGCUUUGUUAAUAAUGAAUUGGUUGGUAGCAUUCAAAACGCCCCUGAACAAAAUGGGUCUUCUCAAGAUGUGGAUUGCUUGCCUGCCUCUGUUGUGUGUGGGAUUGUACUUCGAGAAAGUUGUGAAAAUUUCCCUACUGCUCCUGAUGAUGAUUCGGUAGUAGAAAAGGAUACUGGGAAUGAGGAGGCUUCUCCAACUCCUGAAAAGUUUUCAACUUGUGUUGCUGAUGAUCAGAGGCCAGAGACUGGAGUUGAAAACUUAGGUACAAAUGAAAGUGAAAGAUCAGAUUCUUGUCCCGCUGAUCAUACAAAAUUAGAACUCGAGGCUGAAGAUAAACCUGAUGAAAGCAUUGAAGCUGAGAAUGGUCCGGAUGAAAAUAUUAAAGCUGAGAAUGGCCUUGAUGAUGCCAUUUUAAGUAGCCAUGAGGCCAAUGAUGCGAAGUCAGAAACUGAUACAGGUUCUGUUGUCAUUGAUUCAGACGAAAAAGUAUCCGACUUUCCAACUGAUGCCCUGAAGGAAGGAUUCGAAGUUUCAACUGUGGUCAUUGAUUGUGAUGAUGGCCACCCUCAUUCUAUUGCUGCUACAGAGGUGGAAUCCCAUGUAAAUGGUUUGGUUGAAAAUGAAUUGUCUAAUACUGCAGGUGCUGAUGUGAAAUCAGAGUCUGAAGUUGAAAACCUGUCCACACUAAGUAGCAGGGAUAUGCCCUGUGAUGAUGGUAUUGAAUCCGAUUCCAAGGUUCAGGAUGGCUCAGCUACUUCGACAGAAAGUGCACUUAACUGUGUGUCAGAUGCUGUACAUGUUGAAGAUGGAGUUGAUCAGUUAACUGGUACAAAUAGUGGUGACAAACCAACAUCUCAAGUAGCUGAGGGCACCACCUGUAUUCAUGGGCAUGAAACCUCAACAACUUCUCCAGGAGGUUCCGCCUGUGAUGCUUUGGAAGGACAAAUUUCUGAGGUUGUCCAACACCCCUUCUACUAUUUAAUCAGGCUUCCAAGAUAUGAUGAAGAAAAUUUAAGAGAACAGAUUAAUCAUGCUCAGUUUCAAGUUGAUGAGAAGACUCAAAUUCGGGAUGCUAUUCGAGCUGAAAUCCAAAGGAAAAGGGCCACUUGGAAGGAGUCUGGUGAUCAUUUUAAAGCUACCAAGUUGGAAGAGAGAGCUGCACGAGACUUGCUUAAGUCCAAACGCCAGGAGAUGGAUUCUGCUCAAUCUGUGAAUAACAGAGUGAAGAAUUCAAUCUCUGUUGAGGAUAUUGAUGCCAGGAUACGUAAUAUGGAACAUGCAAUUCAACAUGAAACCCUGCCUCUGAGUGAAGAAAAGCAGUUGAUUCGUGAAAUCAAGCAACUGAAGCAACUUCGUGAAAAGCUCUCUUCUGAUAUGGGUAGGCAGGAUGAUGUUCAGUCGGCUUUAGAUCAGAAAGAUGAAAUUGAAGCACGUUUGAAGUUUCUGAGAAAGGAACUCGAUAUACUCAGAGACAAUGUCCUGAAAGCUGAAGCUGUCACUACAGCUGCAAAAAAGAGGUAUGAUGAAGAAAAUGAAAAGUUCAAUGAAUUAUAUGCUCAGUUUAAAGCAGCGGAUAAUAUUCGCCAAGAAGCAUAUGCACAUUUACAGAGCUUGAAGAAACAGUUGCAUGACAAGAACAAACACUUUUGGAAGUACAAGGAUGACGUUAGGGCAGCUACUGAUUUAGCAUCAGAGGGCAAGAGGGAGGAACUUCAAAGACUUUGCAUUAACCAGACGGAGAAAGUUAUGGAACUAUGGAACCAAAACGAUGAGUUCCGGAAGGAAUAUAUCAGGUGCAACACUAGGAGCACAUUGAGGAGACUGAGGACACUGGAUGGCCGGUCACUUGGUCCGGAUGAGCAGCCACCUCUAAUUCCCAAGGUGGUUUAUGAAAGGGUGGCCAAGGAUAAGCCUGUGUCCCUGCCGUCGGCUGUGGAACAAAAGAAACAAAUUGUGCAAGUGGAAACUGAAAAAGUGAAGCUAUUUUCUGAUGAGAAAGCUGUGGAACAAAAGAAACAGACAACUAAUAUAUCUGAAAAGCCUGUAAAACCUGCUCCUUUGGGGAAUGGCUUAGCAAAUGUUUCUAGCAAAGAUGAGAUUAAAGAGAUAAGAGAAGAAAAGCCUAAGCAAACAAAGGAGGAAGAGGAGUUGGCCAGGAAGAUGGAGGAAUUGAGAAGAGAAGAGGCAAAAGCGAAGUUGAGGGAGCAGCAUUUGUUGGAGGAAAAGGCCAAGGCCAAGGAGGCCCUUGAGAGGAAAAAGCGAAAUGCUGAAAAGGCCCAAGCCAGGGCUAUGUUAAGAGCACAGAAGGAAGCUGAACAGAAAGAGAAGGAAAGGGAGAAGAAAGCAAGGAAGAAAGAUAAAAAGAAGGUGGCCACAGUAGCAGUAGAGGCUACUGAUGGUGCUAAUGAAGGAGAAUCUGCUCCAAGCUCGGAAACUCCAUUGGAAACUCCCAAGGAGUCUGAAACUGGAGAGAAUACCAUGACGGUAGCAAAGAGGUCUAAAAAACCAUCACAAUUUACUAAGCAGAGCAAAGCAAAAUCAAUUCCACUGCCUCUUCGCAACCGCACUAAGAGAAGGAUGCAGCCAUGGAUGUGGGUCCUCCUGACCGCUCUGGUUGUUUUUGCCUUGUUCUUGGUGGGAAACAGCAGCUUCUUGUUUGAUCUUGGGUUGCAAAGGUUUGGUUUCUAAAUACACAGCUUAAUACAUCAUCAUUAUUAACUAGGUAUCCUAUAGAGGUUGGGUGAGAGAUUACCGUAGAUAAUAUAUAUAAGCAAUUCUUUCUUCCCGGGAUUUGUUUUCUGCUAGUGAUAUUCAGUUAUGAUAAGUGGCUUUUUAUUUUUCAUACUCCACACUAGGUUUGGUAUUCUGUUAAUUUCUUUUACAAAGAACAUAUACUUUUGCCCAAGUGUUGCUUCUAUUAGUAUAUUAAUUGAAUUUGAUAA